AUGACGUCGACUACCAAAGUCAAAGUGAGGAGUGUCCAUACGGAGGGGACGUUAGAAUACGAGCCAUUUAAGAGCUGGUUACUCCCAAUCCAAGGGCAUGCGCUCCUAAGCAGAAAGAACCGUGAAAGGAAAGUCGGCACCGCAUCUGGUUAUAUAGUUCAACGGGAUCGGAUCGUCCCAUCCUUCCUCGAGCAAAUGGAACAUCCGUCCACUGACACGAUGAAUCUUGCUCUCGAUGUCUUUGAUCGACACGGUCGUCUGAAAGAGGAGUAUUUGCAUCACCCGGUCCGAAGGGGCCUCGGAAUUUGGCAAACCGAACUCAGUGAGGGAAAUUUCCUCAUCAUCGAGACAGUGACCGUUCUCAGGAAGGCUCGUCGACGGGGCAUUGGACGGCGGUUAGUGAUGGAUAUGAUCCAAAAGGCAGUCGGUAUGGAUGAUGAUGUUCGAUUCGUGUUUGCAUAUCCCACCUGCUUGCACAGGGGUGAAGAUCUUGAAGAACGGAAGGGGAAGACGAAACGGGAGCGCUUUGACAUGGCGGAUGCCCAGAAGGCAAUUGCCAUCAGGUUCUUUAGGAAAUUGGGAUUUCGUCGCAUUGGAAUCAGUCAUUGGUUUGCCUUUUCCAUUGACGCCAACCACCGCUCACGAAACAUUUCCAUCGACGAAGACCCGGACCCGCUUGAAGCAGAAUCGUUCCUUGACGGCGACUACGAUUCGGACGAUUCACGGCCAGAGGUCCCGAAGACUAGAUCGGUCAUGGUUGGUCCCCCACUCGGCGCUGACGGAAAUUUUGACUUUGGUGAGGUAGGAUCUUCCGAUCACCACAUAGAGGAAUUCUAUGAAGAAAAAGAAAGACGCCGACAGGAACGAAGUGAAUACGCUCAGCGGUAUCCCAUCCACCAAGCGCUGCAGAGCCUCUCCGAUGUGCAAUGUCUUGCAUUGCUCAAGGACCGCAAUCUUGAGAGUGAUGGGUCGCAAGGGUAUUUAUUUGAAAUGAGAGACGGGUUGAGAAACAAUAUCCUCCACAUCGCCGCUUGCCAAUCCAAGCCCGAGUGUGUCGCGUGGAUCCUGGACUCUAUGACCCUCAGCAAUUCAAAUCUCAAAGAGGGUCGGAAUAUUGAAGGUUACACUCCUCUGGAGGCAUUGCAGGCCCAGCUCGAGGUGACACGGCUGGGUAAAUAUCUUGGACAACACUUCUUAGUCCAAGCCGAUAAGUUCGAUGGAUUUCCCGAAGAAGCAGUCCGAUGUGUGCUCGCCCUUCGUGGAUGUCCGACCCAGGACAAUUCGCCCUGUUGGGCCUGUACCCGUUUCGGUUGUACCUGUGGAUUCUGCCUUAGAGGCUUUCUCAGCCAUCGGAUGAGGCAGACCCUGCAGGAUAUUGCUGAGGAGCUUCUCUAUAGACUCAAAACAACGGAAACGAGUGACAACCGCCUUUGGUGCAUGGUCAAUGGGGAUUUACUCGAGUAUAUCCCAGAAAAUAUUCGUUCAUUAUUUAAGAAAAGCAGAGUCCUGCGCCGGGGAUUUAAAGAGUUUAUCACCACAAUCAUUGAGUGUCUGCAAGCAGGCGGAUGCCCUGCGUCGGAUGAUUUGUUGUCUCUUUAUAAGAAAAAGCGAAUAUGGCCUCAAAUGCAUACGUUCUAUUUCAGUCGUGGCGGAAGUAUCGAAGCGGCUCUCAAUCUUAUUCUGGAUCAUGCAGGAGAGAGAUUCGAGGAUAUUUUCGACCCGAGGGAGCGGGACUAUGAGCCCUUGCCUGCUCUACCACGGUGUCGAAAUGAUUCGGAGUUUGAGCUGGUGAGACGGCAGUGUACAACCGUUCCGUGUGAUGACCAGGGCAAAGACUCUUCGAUCAACGCGCGUUUUUCGUGA